AUGCCAUUCAAAGACGCCCUCGCACAUUUCAAAGCCCAGAUCAAAGACCUCCAGCAGGAAGGACAGAAGAUCCUGUCUGGCGGCUCCGGCUCCGGCGGUGGCCAGCAACAGCAACAGAGCCAGUACCAUCAACCUCCACCGCAGCAAUAUCCCGGCGCACAGCAGCACCAACAGCCGCCACCGAUCCCGGAAUCCACACGUCCCAACCAACAAUUCCCUGCACAGCAGGGCCAGUCGCUGCAGCCGACGAUAUACUGGCGAGCACGACUCGACCCAGGGACGCCGGUCAGCGCCGAGUGGGAGCACAAGCUGGGCAACAACAACGGGUGGGGAAACAAUGAGAUGGAGCAUUAUACGGCCGAGGGGGAGAAUUCGUUCUUCACACCGAACAAUCUCCUCGUCCUACGCGCCAUCUCCACGCCGAACCACCCGGAUCCCGCGAAGAAAUACACAUCCGCACGACUCGUCUCACGACAACGCCUGUCGCGCUCCCGGGGUAGCCUGGUGGCCACACUGACGCUCCCCUGCGCGGGCGGGAUCUGGCCCGCAUUCUGGCUUCUACCCUUCGAACCCUUCACGUGGCCCACGGACGGCGAGGUGGACAUUGCCGAGACCUGGAACGGCGACGGCGUCAACCACAGCUGCCUGCACUGGGGGUUCUACACGCCGCAGGACACGAACAAGCACCGCGUCGUGGCCACGCCGGUGCAGGGCAUGAACGCCGGGAGACCCGUGCGGUUCGAGUUCGCGUGGAUGCAAGGACAGGGACAGCGGGGGAGGAUGGUCUGGUGGAUCGACGGGCAAGCCGUCAUGAAAGCGCCCAUCCCCGCGGGGACGCGGCCCAUGGCCGACUUUGUGGUGCUGCUGAAUAUUGCCAUGGGCGGCAACGUCUGCGCGGGCCGGAUCCCCGCGCAGGGCACCUAUGAUAUGGUCGUGCACGAGAUGAAGAUGAUGGAGGAGCCCGAGGCCGGUGGGUGGGCGCGGUUCGAGAGGGAUUGGAGCUGGGUUAGGGAGGGGAAUACGAUUUGA